CGAAAGUCUAGCAGACGGAGACUCAGCUUUUGGGACAGUCGAUUAGCGUAUGAAGAAGAAAAGGGCCUUGGCUUAGAACAAGCUAUAUAAUAUUUCAUCCAUCAAUUUACCCUUUUUGUGGCUAACUACAUGGGCUAGUGUGCAUUAAAACGCAAAUAGUGAACAUGUCGGAAGACACGAAAUUGUUCACUAUCGCCGAAGAGGGCUGUUUACGAGUGAGUUCGUAUAUACGGCGAAUUGUAUAUCACAGAUCACUUAACGUAUUAUUGGUCUUCUCCUCCAAUGGACCAAGAGAAACAGAAAUCAAAGUUGUUGUGUUAGAUAUAGCAUCUGGGACUGUCCUGCAUGAUACAAAGUUGAGCCUUGCUCAAUCAAAUUCGACAGGGUCAGGGUUGCAUGGAGAAAAUGUUGUUUUUGAUGAUGAAAUACUUGACACUGAGAUUGAUGGAAUUGGUCUCCCCACAUUCAAAGAUCCUCUCAAAUGCCUUUCAAUUGCUGAACGGGGAACACUGAUAGUUGCCCACCAUGGCUUCCUGGGAGUUCGUAAAGAUUUUGGACGAGCUCUUUUGCUGGAAUCCAUACUUCGGCCUCCUGUGAUGAGCGAAGAAGAUAUUGUCCAUGUAGAACUGCCCCAUAAUGAGGCAAUGCUGCUACGAGAAUGUCUUCAAACCAUGGAUCUGGGGCAGACAGAUCCAGAACUAGGCAACAUGCAGACUCAAGUCAUUACCCUACUCACUAAGCAUAUGAAACAGUAUCUCUUUUCUGUUUCCAAAGGGUCUAGAAUGUCUUCCAAUUGGUGCAUAGUUAAUUUGGAGCUGCCGUUGAAGACUUUGAAGGCAGUCUGCACCCACGCAGUGCUCGAGUUGAAGAAGAACAAUAGAAGCAUCCCUGCUCUUCCAAUUGCUUCUUCAAUCGUAGUCCGCUUAGCUACGCUCCAGCAGCAACCUAUUCAACAACCGCUACCUCAACCCUCCUCCGCAUCCUCUUCUGCUGUAGUCAAGGAAGAUAUAGCUCCCUUUUACCACUCGGCCAGCAGUACCAGCAACAAUAACAACAGCAGCAACAGCUUCACUGGCAACAAUGCAUGGGAGCUGAGUUCUUGCCCUGCUCUGCAUCCGAUGACUAGCGAGGCGGCGAGACGCGAAACUUUUGCCAGCUGGCCUCACAUGAACUACAAGUGGGCUCUGCCAUCUCAGAUGGCGGAAGCAGGCUUUUACCACCAGCCAAACACACCAGAGAGUGAUCGGGCCGUUUGCUUUCUCUGCAAUGUAUGUCUUAUUUGCUGGGAGCCAUCUGACGAGCCGUGGUCUGAGCACGAACGCCACGCAGCUACAUGUCCUUUAGUCAAAGGUGACUAUACAUCCAACGUCCCAGUGGAUGUCUCUAUGGCGACACAGCCGGCCGUUCAACAGGAUUCAGUCCCUUCUGAGACUAUCGCUUGCAUCUCGACCACCACUUGUCCCGAUCUCUUUGCCACAUCCACGGCAGGUGGUCUUGUAGUACUUUGGAACAUCAGUGGCACUCUGAAGCGUGAAGUAUCGAUCAAUACUGGUCAUACAAGUCAACUUUGUCCAGUUCGAGUUACUGCUCUAAGCGUGGUAUCAGGAUCGUUUUCAAAUGGCCAUCAGCCAAUUCGGUGCUCAUUGGUUGUUGGGGCGAAGCUCGGAGAUCAAUUGGAGCCUUUCCUAGUCGUUUACGACGUCACGUGGACCAGAGCUUAUCAGGACGACCAACCAGAACCUGGCCCGUCCACGCCAACCGCCGGUUCAUCUGGAUCGACCAUUAAGAAAGGCGGAACUACCAAGAAAGUUCUUCCUGCCACUCACGUCCUGAACCCGAACAGCGGCGGGCUCGUAUCCGCGGGCUCCAAUGCGGAAUCCAGUGCCAAUCCUGGUUUGUUCUUUUCCUUUGGGGACGACGACGAGGAAAUGUAUACUAUAUCAUCAACAAUGGACGCCAAUGAGAAACUAGGCAAAGCCACAGCAGGUCUUCUGAAUAAACUGAUGCACAACAUGGGCUCGCCAUUUACUAACACAGUAAUGCCCCAAUUGAUGAUGGGCGAGAAGAUUAUGACGACCCAUGCUAACACCAGUUCAAUAUCAGUAGUGGCGCCACCCCCACCUCCCUUCGCUUUGUCGCCCAAGGUCUCGGAUCAGCCGGAAGUCACUCUGAACCAGCGGACUCUGAUUAAUUUGAAGGAGUGCGGGAUAGACGGUGAACUGGAUGUGGUCUUCUUGAUCCCGACGUGGGACGCUGGGCACUUGAUUGCCAUCCUGUCUCCUCCGGACAAAUCGGAGCUGUCUAGAAACACGGAAAAUGUUGCAACAGAGAAAGCCAGUUCUCAUAUACUGCUUUUCAAAUUGAACGUCGGCGAAGCUGGAUUAGUUGAGCGGCCUGUCUGCCAACUCAAAGUAGCUGCAGCCGACGAGCCUCGUUGCGUCGUGAUGCUGCCCUCCGGUGACCGCAACGACGACUCGGAAUGGUCCGCAGAAGAAGAAGCCGCAAUGCGUGGACCAAUGAGAGCUGUCGUGGUGACGAAAGAUGGCCGUCUCAGACUACUGUUGAUGGAUCCCAACGGCUCCACCCCUCAGCUGACUUGGCUUGACAUGGAGUCCGUUUCGCCGCACAAGUUCCUGGACGCCACCUACUGCAGCAGCGUGGAACGAGUUUGCGCAACCACCGAUAAAGGCGAUUUGGUUUUUUUCAAAAUCAUAACGCAUGCGGGAGCGGCUGGAUUUAGUCGACUCCAUCCUUCCGGCAAGUCGGGAAUGAGGAAAGGCAAGGAGCCUUCACCGACGAAGUUGUUGAUCCAUCAGCCGCUGACUUCUGAAACACUUCAGUCGCUGUACGAGUUGACUCUGGCCGAGAAGCUACCGCAAGCAUGCCAACUGACGAUCACGGCCGCUUCGUGCUGGAUGGAACAAGCCGUGACGCAGCGCCAACGUCGCCAGCCGCAACCUUGGCUUUUACAGCCCGGCAGCUCCACCACCCCCAACAAUACUGGGAGUGAAGACGGCCUCCAAAUGGCUAGACUUUUCAAGCUACAGCAGGAUAAAUUCAGCUGGGACGAGCAUUUCUUUGAAAUGAGUCUACCGCCCGGCGUUUCCGUUUCCCACGUCCAUCUGCGCUUCGUUCUGGCUCCUUCUUGCUCAGUUGCUCCAGAAAUUCAAGUGUCUCUUCUGGAACAGCGAAGCCGUAGCUUGCAGUGGGGUCGUAGUUCGCUUAACGCCAAUCCCACGGAAGAGGUGGAUAAUCUCAUCAAUUUCAACAUGGGCCAGCCGUCGCCGCGUUUCACUUCCUCGGCAUCCAAUACUGAAUCCGCCUCCAAUCCGAUCCUGACGCAGGAGUACCUGGAUGCUCACGACGCCGUUUUGCUGUGCGGCCCCUUCAAGCUGAACCAAUUUUUAGACGCCUCCGGCCAAGUUGCCACGUUGACGCUCAAUAGCCAUCAAUUGCUGCAAUCUACAGCCAGAAAUUUUUUAAUCCACUUGAAGUACAUCCCGUCCGUGGCUCACCCCAAUUCUUUGAGCCUUCUGAACAUCCCUCGACCGAUGACCAAUCCGUGCGGUCGUCGCACCAUUCAAACUAAAGGCUGUGAUUGGAUUCAAGAGGUUGCCAUUUCGGUCCAGCGUUCGAAGCCAACGUCCAUCCCACACGAAAGAGCACAUCGAUGUGCAUUACUAGCGUCGUCCAAUUUCACCGGCCAGCUUCUGGAAUUUGGUUUCAGAUCUAUUAUGCGCCGAGAGCACAUCAUGGUUCUUGGCAUCCUUAAUUGGAAGACUGCCGCUCAUUAUGGAGCUCCUCCAGGAGUUGCCUGUUUGACGACUGGUGACGUGGCUGGCCACGUUAUUGAAAUAUUCAACCAAUUGAAGAGCUUAUUGGACCGAUUUGUGAUCCACGGCAACCGGACUACGGCUCAACAAGUGGUCCAACUCCUUUCCUCAUCUCACGAGUUGGGAAUAUGCCUGUCGGAAGAGGAAGUGGCCGUCAUCACCAAGCAGAUGAUGCACUGUCUCCUUCAGCAAUUGGGAUCGUUGCAGAACUGCGCUUCUCCCAGCGUCGUUCAUUGGUUUUUGGUCCUCUUGUCGCGCGUCUACCUUCGCAGCCAAACUGAAGUUGCUGGACCAGUGUGGGCCGUCUUGACUAGAAUCAUUGCCGAGUUGCACCGGCGAAGGGAGCCACUCCAGCAGUUGCUUCAGAGCCGUUACGGCUUCUACGGCCGUCCAUUCGAGACGGAGCUGAUGUUCAGUUUGACUGAAGAUCACCAACAGCAACAGUCGUCAGCCUCGUCCUCUAAACCCGUCCGGAGUAAUAUAGCGGCGAGUUUUGCUGCCCUCAAUCAACUCGUCAACCCAUCCAGCACUUGUGACAAAGACAAAAGUUACAACUACCUGGACGUACUCUCUCUCAAGCGUUCUUGUGAUUUGGUGGACGUCGAGCCGCUGCCCUUCACUCUCGUCUCGGCUAGCGAUGGCGUCCGACUCGAAAAAUCCGACACGGGCAGUGCUCAGUUCACGGCGGUUGCUCUUAAUGGCCUAGUGGAAGCAUCUAAGCUGGUGUCUCACAAAGAUACGCAUGCAACUAGUCAUCGUUGGCAACACUUGUUGGCCAUCAAUCCUCCCCUGGUCAUAGUAAUGGAACGGCUUCAUUCGGGUGGCAGGAAAUUUGUCGUCCUCGACUUCGGCGCCCCCAUUUUGCUGACUGAUGUUUACAUCCCGGCGUGUCCUGAUUGGGUCUCCAUCACCGUCGACGUCUGGAAUCGGUUGGAGCGGAAUCAGAACGACACUGAUUUGGUUCGUUUAGCCGUCAGCAGUGACAUCAACCGCCGACCGAUCGUCUUGCACGACCUGCAACCUCCGCUUGUUUGUCGCUUUCUGCGCUUGACAAUUACUGGCCGACAAGGACUGAGUGCCUCUAGUUGCAAAACCUCCAUAGGCUCCUUUUACGGUCACUCGCUCAUAUUGCCCAACGAUCUGGUUGUUCCAGCCAUGCAAGCUGAGGGCAUCCCCAUUCUAGAUCGAGAGGAAAUUAUGGAGAACAUUGCAACGUUGGAAGUGCUGUCAGAUCACAGUCAGUGCCACUACAAUUUGGCCGGAGACCGGCUGCGAAGUCUUUUGCGACCGUUGCUGACCAAUUGGCAUAAAGACGCAUCGGGAUCAUCAACUCAUCACAUCGACCACUACUUGCAAUCGCAAGUCAAUGCCGGCCAAACUGGUAACGGAGACGCAAACGAAGACGCGAAAAUUGUUGAGGCUUAUGAGGAGUGUUUAAAAUUACAACGCCAGCAAAAUUUGCUGUGGAGCGCUUUACGACGGCUGCGUCGAUGUCUGGUUGAAAUGGACAAGAAACAAGACGGAUCGGCAAAUGAGGAGGAGUCUGUCGCCAUCAGUCAGGCGUCGUCGCACAAACUCCACUACAUCGCCCAGAGUUUGGUCAACGUUCUCCUGGCGUCAUCUGCUCUGAAAAAACAGAUCAAGAUCGAACGCAAAACAGCCGAGCAGCUGUUCCAACAUCUUUACGUCACUUCGGGUCCGGCGUCCCAGCUCUCUACUGCCGCUCUACUCUCCCAGUCAGACGACACUUACCGCUGGAUGCCAAAUUUUCUUGCUGACAUGUUGCGCAAGACAUUGUCCUCGGAUCCCUCAACUUCUCUGAUCCCUAAGGACAGGGUUUUUGUGACGCUUCUGUUCAUGGGAUUCAAGGCGAUUCAACUUUCUUCGGGUAUUCACCUGCUCGACCCAAUCCUGGCUGUUUUGAACGAACAGCUCUCUGUCUUGGAAAAUCGGAAUAACAGCAGUCCAUUCGCCCUCUCUCAUUUGGACUUGCCCUUUGUCAACUGGCUUCUAUUGUUCUGCUGCUGCUGCCUUGAUAGGACAGCCUCGGCAACUACGAAAGAGACGAAAACCCGAGAUCAGCGCUGGGAUUUUAUGCAGGGCGAGUCCCUAUUGUCCCGAGACGGAGCAACUGCUGGCGAGCCCAAAAAUGCCGGCGGUUCGGCCGCCUCGCGCAUCUACAGGCGCAAAUUGCAGAAGAAACUCAUGCAGCAACCGCAUUAUGGUGUUUCCUGGCCCAGCGGUGGCGUCCUUAGUGGAAGCAACAAAGCCAAAUUCAUCUUGGCCCACUCCAAGCAAAAGGGAGGAGGAUUUGCUAUGGAUUCCGGAGUCCAAAUGAGGAGAACAGCUAUGAUGGACGAUGAAAUGGAUUCGAACGGUCCCGACGAUAAGGACGGAGGGAAUGGCAGUCGAACUAUGCCGUCAUCGUGUGGGCAACCAAUCUGUUCGUCUAGCGGAGCUGCACGAGUAGCCAAGAACCUCAUUUCCUUCCUUUUGGUGAUUGGCGCUUCCGGUGCGCACGAGGAAACGUUUUUAUUGACUUGCAAAGUCCUUGCUCGACUUAUUGGCGCCUCGCAGAACGGUCUGCGUUUGGGACACAUUGCCGACGAGGAGCAGCUGACGACACUUUUGCGUAUGGCGGCCUCUGCCAACGGCCAACCCACUCAGUUGUGGCUCAAUCACGCCAUUUAUUGCCUACUGAUUGAUUAUCUACGAGCCACAUCUUCUAACAAAUCCAAUAUGAUAGCCAGCGGGGAUUCCGGCGGAGCCUCAAAAAGUUGCUCCGUUAAUUCCAUGUUCACUCACGGUGCCACCGGAUCCAGAUAUGAUGAUAUACUCCGAUCGGUCGGCUCGGAGCCAGAAGCUGGCAGCAGCGGAAUAAAUGGCGCUGGAAGUAGCCCAAGCUCCCACAUGAAUAGCACUGAAAGCAGCAGCAGUAAAACCUUGUCCUUUUUCAAGUCCAAAAUGAAAAUGGGUCAAGUCUCGAAGAAACUACCACCUAUGACUGUUCCUCCCGAGCUGCUGGCCUACGAGCAAGCCAAAUUGGCAGCCGAAUCGUUGAAGGUGGAUCAGCACGUCGACGAUUUAUUAGAACUCUUUGAGAAUCCCAAUUCGGAGUCUGUUCCACCCGUUUUGAAGAAAGCCUGGCCAUCCAUUUCGAGUGUGAUGAAAAACCUGGCGGAAUGCAAGAGCAGCCUUUCAGCUAGUGGCUACGGUGCCACCACUGGAAUUCUGAGCGCAGAGGAAGCCACGUCGUCGGGAGUCUGGGAUCUGCGAGACGAGUCGCGCAGUGAUGGUCCGUGGAAACACAAGACCGACAUCCUUAGUGACGCCUUUUUCGAGGCUGUUUUGCAGGGACUAACCUCCUCAUUUCACGACAACAAGAGGCGUCCGCUGCCAGAAGAAAUUCCGGGCGAUCCCAUUACUGCACCGGCUCAGCCAGAUCAAAAACUCCUCUCAUCCGCUUUCAAUAACUUGUUCAGCUCAGCCAGUUACCUGAGAAUCAAGACGGACGUAAUCGCUUCUCUGAAGUUAUGGGUUCUCCUCAACAGCGAGAACUACGGUUCGUCGCUGGAUUCUGACGGAGGAGCCUCUUCUUCCGUCACGAAAAAUAGCGGAGACUCGUCAGCCAUUCUGCUGAAUCCCGAAGCCAUUCGCGGAGUAUUGGAAGUCUUGGCGAAAAUUCCCGUCUUGGACGUGGGCGAUUGGACGGCUGUUUUGCGGAGCCUCACUUGGUUGUCUAGUCCCCGUUGGCUUUUAACCGAACCUGACCAACAGCAACACCAGAUGGAAAGUGAAUCUUCACAUUCUGAAGAGUUGGCGGAUCAAAUGUGUGCCGGAACGGUCAUCCGCAGUCCAUACUUGACGGCGAUCCUCUACAAUUUCAUCAGCGGACAAGGAUUGGUACCCUACUCUCUGGGUGACAAGCAACUGGUUGGUCCUUCGAUCGUGUCAACUUUGGGAGACGUUUUGUCGUGCCUGAAAGUUUGGUGCAAUACGGCGUUGGUCGGCAGUGUAUUGGGCUGUCAAUUGCGCAAUUCUCUUUUUGAAUUGUUCCUCGAACUUGCCGUCCCUCCUCAUGGUCCCAUCUUUCGCGGAAUCGGUCCGCUGGAUGCCCAAAUUUGCUUCUUGGAGUCUCUUCUCAAACUCGGCGUUCAAGGGCUAGAUGAAUCCUUGUCCAUCCGAGUCAUUCAAGCUGUUGUGAGCCUUAGUCAAAUGUUUUUGAGCCGCUCCGGAGGUUUGUCGUGUAUCGACAGCAGCAGCCAACUCUCUGAAGAUGAUCGGAUCUGUUUCAGUGGAUUGCACGCCACUUCAGCACUUAGUGGACCGCUGGGCGGGGGUUCAAGCGGCAAUAACACUGGGCGACCGUCAGCCAUCACUCCUUCGGUCCUGUUGACACUCAGUCUUCAGCUGGCCAUCCGGUUGGUAACGAAUGCCGAAUACGGGCCGUCGCUGAACGUGGCCGACAGCCUCCUCUCUACACGGUCAGUGAUGGACGAAUUGCUGGACGCCGCCAACUAUUGUCAGGCCUCCUCGUUCGCCUCGAGUUUAGGCGCGACUGCCCUAGGCGACUUUGACGUCGCAUUCAGUCAUUUGCAUACAGUGGCCGAUUUCACCCUGGAACUUCUUCACCAAAUCUCCAUCAAGACUUCCAACGUCAGACUAUUGUUUUAUCGGAUCAUCGAGUACAUCAAACCAGGUGUGGCCACGUCGGUGUUCUCCAGUCAAGGAUGCAGCGAUCUCUCUGAACCUUUGCUCAUCUUCGUCCUCUACGUUCUAAGAACGAAAGAAAAUGUCAGCAUUUUCCACGAAGUCGAUGGAUUUAAGGAAGUCUGUCUGGCCUUAUCCCGGACACCAAUCCAGCUCUUCAACUCACACAGCCGCUUGGUUAGUAAUGUAUUAUCGUACGUGAGUCAGACCACGGUCGCCAACGGCCAAGGAGCGAAUCGCCCGCGAUUAAACUCACGCCAGGCGCGUAGUGGAGCCGGAUCGAUAUUUCCGGGCGCUACUUCGUCAUCUGCUGCCAACGCUGGAAUGCUCCAAAACAGCUUCGUUGAUGCUGCAUCGUUGCCUCUGGCCGUCUUCCGACGGAGUUGUCUCCGAUUAGACGAUGACGAUGAUUACGGUCUUCUUAAUUUGGCGCCGUUGUCGACUAUUAGUUGUAGCCACCCAAGUGCCCAACCGGCCGAUGUUCUGCUUCAGCCAAAUCCGCCACAUCGCAGAGCACGCAGCCCGUCAUGGUCGCACCAUUUUUAUCCAGCCGAGCAAUUUAUCGAGCUGACCAUUACUUUACCUUGCCCGGUUCUCGUCAAAGAGAUUCAACUUCAUCCUCAUUUGACAUCACUAGCAACGUGCCCUUCUGCCGUGGGAGUGGAAAUGUCUCCGGAAGGGAGUAGCCAACUCUAUCCUGUCGGAGCCGUUUUGUCCGCCACUGGGCUGACGACAAUUGCAUUCAAAUUGGAAUCGCCUCAAGUCGCUGCUUUGGUUUUGUUGCGUCUAUACAAACCUCGCGACUCCUCCAACAUCGGCCUCGCUCAAAUCCGAAUCCUCGGCAGCUUGGCUCUACCUAGUUCGGAGCAGUCAGCUUCCGGCCCGAUGGCCGGUCAACACCAACCUGGAUUGACGUGGCUAUGCGUUUUACAUCAUUGCCUAUCAGUGGCCGAAAAAUCGGACAAUUCUGAUCUAAUGGGAUCCCUUCGCCAGACAGCUGGUAGCCUGGAACGUCCUGGUAUGGUGGAGCGGUGUUGCGGCCUUUUGAAUGCUCACUUCACUUCGCCAAAAGCUGGCAUCUUGGAAGACGUGGUCCAAAUGGCAUCGGAUAUUUUGCUUCACCUUGGUCGGCACUCGAGCGCUCUGGCGCAUCAGUUCAUUCGAUUGCAGCUUCAAGAGUCGCCACGUUUGCUUCUCGGCUGUACACCUCCUGUUGCCAACGUUCUUUACGAGCUGUGCAGCGCAGAGAAUGAAAGCAUAGCAACAUUCGCCACUCCACCUGGAGGAUCUGGACAAGCUUUGCUUUUCCAGUGGCUUCAUCGAGCCGCCGACCAGGGUUCAUUGUCACAGGCUGUGUCAACUUCUAUGGUGCACUGUGCCUCUGCCGUCCUUUGGCACAGUCCCUGUGCCAUGGAGAAGAUUGUCAACUACGAUUUCGCCAAAGCCCUUUUCGAGUGGACCAAAAAGAUCCACAGCAUGGAGCUGAAAAUUGCCGUUGAUUUCGCGCUUUGUUCCGUCUGUCGUCAUUACCCUAACGUUUUUACGUCGUUGCUCUCUUCUAUUACCACCGCGGAGUCGUCGUCGUCAUCUUCUAGUAUCACUUCAACUACUCUCAACUCUAUUCUUCAGUCCAAAUCCUUGAUGGAGACAUUGGGUAGAGCAGCUCAGUCUGAGUUGGCGCUCGAAAAACUUUUCCGAUCCGGUUUACUUGAUCUUGUUUCGCAGACCAUCAGCGAAUACUGUCAAUGCGUUUUGAAACGCCAUGAGAUAGUUGCAGCUGAUUUGACUGAACGAGUGGCAGUGGCGUUUGAAUUCUGGACCCUACUGUGCGAAGAAUGGGGCUCUGGGGUCAGUCGAGACGUUCUAGCCGCUUAUCUAUUCGACAAGUCUUUGUUGGAGAUGUUGCUGCAGGCACUUUGCAGUAACAGUUCCGGUGAUUGCCAAUCCAAUCGGCUACAGACGAGUCGGAUAGAAGACGCAGCUGUGGCCUUUUUCCGCCAAUUUUGCUGGGCCCAUCGUGAAAACUCGCGCCGUUUCGCCGAAAUCCUACUCAGCGUCCUUCAACCUGUUGGUUCCUCUUCGAAGCUGUUGACGGGAUUCACUCGACGUCUUUUACUCCAGUUGUUGCUCGAACCAGAGAAGAUUUUCGUGUAUGUAACGUCAGCUUCCGGCCAGGUCGGUCUUCCCGUCAGUGCCAGUUCGCUUUCAUCCAUGACAAUCGCCGAACCUCGCCAUCCGGCUUUCAACCACGGCAAGAAACACAAAUUGCUCUACAUCAGCGCCGAAACCACUUGUUCAGACUUCAUAAGACUUUUGACAGAUAGCAUGAGUGUGCCCGUCUUAAACGACAUGAAAUCUUCUCUUAAUCUUACCAACAAACGAUCAUCGACCGUUGAUCGUCUAUUGGCAUCGUCCGAUCUUGACAAGAAAGCGAAGCUAUCGGCCCUGGAUUCGGAAGACCAACAGAGACGUGCUCUGUCGCAAAUCCUUCAAAACCAACAUUAUUUGGCUCUUUUCGAUCAUCCUAAUGUGCCUCUGUCUGGCAACUGGACGCUGUCGCAAGCGCUCAGCCACCAACGUCUAGAGAAUCCAACCUCGAGGGGAGCUCUAUGCCUCCGUCUGAACACGGAUCUGGAUUCGGUAAAUUCUUCACCGACUCCAGCAACUCCAAUGGAUCAACCCACCCAGCCGUUGACAACGCUCCUGGAGGAAUUCGCCGCCCUUGGAGGUCUGGCCGUUCUGUCCAAACACUUGCCCAUGCUGCUGUGCGCCUCGACAUCUACCACAUCGUCGGUUGCCUUCGAAAGUGUUACCUUGUCCGUAAAAGGCGGAAGCGGGAGCGUAGCUCAGGUGUCGCAACCAUCGAUGACCAAUCCGGGCACCUCUCAUUUAUCCAAUCACGUCAACGGUGUAACGUCCGAGACCAUCGACUCUUGGGUCAAACUUGACGGUGGCUCAGACGAUAUGGAUGAGGAAAUGGAUGAGAUCCUGAUGCCAUCUGGCUACUUCCCACCUCCCACUCCACAGUACAUGAACGCCAAACGGAGCAAGAGCGCCGGUCAGUCAUUGCCCACUACCUGCGCCCUCCCACUUCAUAGUUUGGCGGCGUUCAGCCUUUUCUUGAGCAUGCCUCUUUACACGGAGGCUGUCCUGCAAGAUCGACGAAGAGCUCAGAUGCUUCUCCGGUUAGCCCUUGGAGUUUCCGAUGACGGCCAAGGAGGCAACAUAUUGAACUCGUCCGAUGCGGCGCUCUUCCCCGUUCUACCGUUUGUCCUUUUGCAGCAGGUGCUCGAUAAGCAUCCGCUAGAUAGUGAAAAAGGAGCCGUCAUCCGACAGCAAGCAGUUGACAUGGGUGUCUUGCAGCUUUUAUUGGCUUGCUUGGCCGUUUUCACUCAACAGGUCACAUCGGCAAAUGUCGCAAUUCCAUCUUUGAACGUGCAGUUUGUUGUGGGCACUCCUAAUGGAUGCAGCGCGCCAGCCAAGAACGAAUCGAUCGGCAAUGCGUCGGAUGCCAAUCAAGCGGCAGCUACCCAAACUGGUUCCAUCCUGAGUGCCGUGACAUCGCAAUCCCAAUUGCAACAGCAGCAGCAGCAGUACUGGGCAAAAGGAACUGGCUUUGGCACAGGAUCGACGGCACAAACGUGGGACCUUGACGGCGCCAUGCAGCGCCAAAGGCAACAAGAGGAGCAAGCUACCUGCUUACUGCAUACGCUGGCUGCUUAUGUUCAUCCUAGUUGCCCGCCCAUCGCUUUAACUCAACCAGGAUUCACAGGAUCUCCUGUUCUACCGACGGAACUCCUUAACAUUGUUUUGGCGUCACAUUUAGUAGCUGCUAUUUGCUCUUAUCUCCGCAAUGAUUCCGUGAUGGACAUGGCUCGGCACGUGCCACUCUACAAGGCCGUCCUAUUGCUUCUUCGCUCUAUCGCGGCUUGCCCGAAACUAGUGCCUCUCUUAUUACCUUCGUCUUCAGGGAACAACAAGGGCAGUUCGUCGACAUCCGGAAGUAGCCAGUCUAUCCAUGCUCUUUUGCGGAAGUUGAAGAAUUACGUCUCUAGCUACACGGCGCGUUUGGCUUCCGUUCAAAACCGAACAGCCAGCACUCAAGAAGAUUCCGAUUCGGAGGAAGGCAUCGCCGAUUUAUCCAAAGACAUUUGUGAAACUUGGGCUAUUGUAAAGGGAGUCGUAUUAGACCAUUCUGGUGGUGACGAAAUUGAUGGCCAAGAUAGUAAAAUGUCGGAUCAAGCCAAGUCAUCCAACGGCCGAUCUUUUCUUUCCACUGAGUUUAUUCACAACCGAUCGCCGGAAAAGCUUUAUUGCGAUGUGAUGCAGCCGUCCCAAUUCGAUUCAUACGAACUGCUAGUCGAGAGCCCCGAUACUGUCAUGGGGAGCCGAUUUACAGUCGCAUAUCAUUUUGAAAACGCAGUCAAAGCAGCCGGAGAACGUUGUCAUCCGAAUCGCAUGAAACGGCUGGCGCAAGAAGUUGCCACCCUGACGACUUCACUACCGCUUUCUCUCAGUUCGUCCGUCUUUGUACGAUGCGAUACGGAUCGACUGGAUAUUAUGAAGGUUUUGAUUACCGGACCGUGUGACACGCCUUACGGGAAUGGUUGUUUUGAAUUCGACGUCUAUUUCCCACCGGACUAUCCUCAGUCACCAAUGCAAGUGCAUUUGGCCACAACCGGUCGGCACACAGUUCGUUUCAAUCCUAACCUUUACAACGAUGGAAAAGUUUGCCUCUCGGUGCUCAACACCUGGCACGGCCGACCGGAAGAGAAAUGGAAUCCACACACAUCAAGUCUCCUUCAAGUCCUUGUGUCUAUCCAAUCAUUGAUUCUCGUUUCGGAGCCCUACUUUAACGAGCCUGGUUAUGAGAGAUCACGUGGAACCCCGUCAGGAAAUCAGAAUUCGCGUGACUAUGACGUCAAUAUCCGACAGGCCACCGUCAAGUGGGCUAUGCUGGAGCAGAUUCGCAAUCCGGCUCCGUGCUUUAAACAGGUGACUCAUGCUCAUUUUUGGCUCAAACGUCAAGAAAUUGAAAAGCAGUGCGAAGAAUGGAUCGCCGAAAUGGAAAAACAGGUGGAAAAUGAUCCUAACGGGUCAAGAGCCGUCGCAGUUGGUCUGACUGCCCUGAAGCGUCACUAUAGUCAGCUGAAGGAAGAGUUAGGUCGAUUAAGCCCUCCACCUUGUAUGGCAAAUGUUUCUCAACCGGAAAUACAAGCCAUGGAAGAGGACGAAAAUGAAGAAGAGAAACCACUGAAAACUUCGCCGCUGCCCAGUGAAGAAUUCGCCAUCGCCUACUCGGAAGGCGAAGAAGAGGAGGAAGACGAAGAAGAAGAAGAAGUUGAAGAGGAGGAGGAAGAAGAGGAUGAAGACGAUGACGAGGAAGAUGAAAUAUCGAGCCAGUUAUUAAAUGCGGGUAAAGAAGAAGAAGCGGAAGGUGAAGUUGGCAACGACCUGGAUGAAUUGAAAGAAAUCAUGUUCUCCAAUGUUGACUCUGACGUGCCACUUUCGUGGAAAGAAGACCUGGAAGACAGCGAGACCGAAAUGGACAAUUUCGUCUCGCAGUUCACCAUAUGAUUUAAAGAGUUUUUUUUUUUUUCUAUGGUUCUGAAAAGUUUUGAACAAACUUAAUCCAGGGCACACCCUUUGCACACCUUUCGUCUAUCAGAAUAACUGUUGAGUAUGUUUAUUUGAAAUUGAAUUUUUCGUUUGUCUGAGGUUACCGAGAUUUUUUUAAAACCAUUUUAAGACUUCCUCUCCUUCAUUUGAUGAACAUUUUUGUCUUUUUUUUUUUUCAAGCUCGCCUACCCAUUUGGAGCCCUGAUUUCUAUUACCAUAUGGAGAAAACUAAUAUGUAUCUAUCAAGUGUUUAAUGGCUGUCACUUUGUGAAAUAAAAAAAUCAUGCAAAAGUUAAA